AUGAUCAUAGAAUUAUUAGUAAUUGGAACAGUAGGAUUUGUUGCCUACCAAACCUAUAGUAAAAUAAUCAAGGAUAAAUUGGAUUGUCCUGCCAAUAGUUCAGCCGUCAAAGGUUUGGAAAAGCAGGAAAUUAAAGAAGCGAUUAAAGAGGGAGAAGAGAAAGUUAAAAUUUCGAAAGAAGAAAUUAAACAAUUAGAAAAAGAACGCAAGGAUAUUCUAAGUGGAAAUGAUACUAAUAAAGCAGAUAAAGCCCAAGAAAAGUUAGAUGCUAAAAAUGAAAAAAUCAAAGAGUUAGCGGAAUUAGAGGCUAAUUUGUAUGAUUUAAAAGCACUAUCGGACUUGCUUACAAGUUCUGUAUCGGGAUUUUUAGAAGUAUUUCUCGUAGUAUUUGACCAACAGAAUAGCAAACUAUGGCAUUUUGACUUUUACCGAUUAUUAAAGCGUACUCCGAGUAACGAUUUAAAACAAGCCGGUGUUUCUCCCGAUCAACAACAUCAAGAAUGGCUAAAGUGGCGAGAGGAUAACAAAAAAUACAUGGAAGAAAAAACUGAUGAACUUUUUAAAGAUCUAAAAGAAAGAAAUAAAGAACUCCAAGAAGAAAAUAAAAAAAUUGCUGAACAAAUUAAAAAUUCGAAUGAUCCAGCCGAAAAAGCUCGUUUAAUGGAAAUGAUGAGCGAGAACAAAAAAGAGAUUGCCAAAAAUAGUCAAACCAUGGCUGAAGAAGUCAGUAAAUUGAAAAAAGCUUUGGAAAGCUUUGGAACUCAGCCAUUAACUCAACAACAAUUUCAAGCGAAAGCAGAUUCUCCUAAUUUAUCAAGUUUUAAGAAUUGA